UCUCCAAGCCCCGCCUCCUCCACCUCGCUGUGGCCGCCCGGAAGGGCAGUCCCGCGGCCUCCCCAGCUUGGCUACCGGCAGUGCGCGGAAGGCAGCGGCGGCAACCGCGGCUCGGGGAGCGCCCGGCAUGGACACCCGGUUGGACCAGGAGACAGCGCGGUGGCUGCGAUGGGACAAGAAUCCUUUAACUUUAGAGUCAGCAAAACAACUAAUUAAGGAUGGAAAUAAAGAAGAACUACAGAAAUGUUUUGGGGCUCGAAUGGAGUUUGGGACAGCCGGCCUUAGAGCAGCUAUGGGAACGGGAAUUGCUCGUAUGAAUGACUUGACCAUCAUCCAGACUACACAGGGGUUUUGCAGAUAUCUGGAAAAGCAGUUCAGUGACCUGAAGCAAAGAGGUGUUGUGAUCAGCUUUGAUGCUCGAGCUCAUCCACCGAGUGGAGGCAACAGCAAAAGAUUUGCCCGACUUGCUGCAACCACAUUUAUCACUCAAGGGAUUCCUGUGUACCUCUUUUCUGGUAUAACCCCAACCCCCUUUGUGCCCUACACGGUGUUGCAUUUGAAACUUUGUGCUGGAAUCAUGAUAACUGCCUCCCACAACCCAAAGCAGGAUAACGGGUACAAGGUCUACUGGGACAACGGAGCUCAGAUCACCUCUCCUCAUGACAAGGCGAUUUCUCAAGCUAUUGAAGAAAAUCUGGAGCCGUGGCCUCAAGCUUGGGACGAUUCUUUAAUUAACGGCAGUCCACUGCUUCAUGACCCGAGUGCUUCCAUCAACGAGAGCUACUUUGAAGACCUUAAAAAAUACUGUUUUCACAGGAGUGUGAACAGGGAGACGAAGGUCAAGUUUGUGCACACCUCUGUUCACGGCGUGGGUCAUGAGUUUGUGCAGUCGGCUUUCAAAGCUUUUGGCUUUGCUCCUCCUGAAGCUGUUCCUGAACAGAAAAAUCCCGAUCCUGAGUUCCCAACCGUGAAAUACCCAAAUCCUGAGGAGGGCAAAGGUGUCUUGACUUUAUCUUUUGCCUUGGCUGACAAAACCAAGGCCAAAAUCAUUUUAGCAAAUGAUCCAGAUGCUGAUAGACUUGCCGUGGCCGAAAAGCAAGACAGUGGUGAAUGGAGAGUGUUUUCCGGCAAUGAGCUGGGGGCCCUCUUAGGCUGGUGGCUUUUUACUUCUUGGAAAGAAAAGAACCCAGAUCACAGCGCCCUCAAAGACUUAUACAUGUUGUCAAGCACCGUCUCCUCCAAAAUCUUACGAGCCAUUGCCUUAAAGGAGGGCUUUCAUUUUGAGGAAACACUAACUGGCUUCAAGUGGAUGGGAAACCGAGCCAAACAGCUCAUAGACCAGGGGAAAAAUGUCUUAUUUGCAUUCGAAGAAGCUAUCGGAUAUAUGUGCUGCCCGUUUGUUCUGGACAAAGACGGAGUCAGCGCCGCUGUCAUCAUCGCAGAGUUGGCUAGCUUUCUAGCAACCAAGAAUCUGUCUUUGUCUCAGCAGCUCAAGGCCAUCUAUGUGGAAUAUGGCUACCAUAUUACCAAAGCUUCAUAUUUUAUCUGCCAUGAUCAAGGCACCAUUAAGAAAUUAUUUGAAAACCUCAGGAACUACGAUGGGAAGAAUAAUUAUCCAAAAACUUGUGGCAGAUUUGAAAUCUCUGGCAUUAGGGAUCUUACAACCGGCUACGAUGAUAGCCAACCGGAUAAAAAAGCUGUUCUCCCUACUAGCAAAAGCAGCCAAAUGAUCACCUUCACCUUUGCUAACGGGGGCGUGGCCACCAUGCGGACCAGUGGGACCGAGCCCAAGAUCAAGUACUAUUCAGAACUGUGUGCCCCGCCUGGAAAUAGUGAUCCUGAGCAGCUGAAGAAGGAAUUAAAUGAACUAGUCAGUGCUAUUGAAGAACAUUUUUUCCAGCCACAAAAGUACAACCUGCAACCAAAAGCAGAGUGAAAUAUUUCAGCCUUGGACAUAAUUAGAAUUCGCUCAGCAGUGUUUUUGAGAACCAAAUGACUUAAACAAUUGCUACAAGUAUUUAUAUAUUUUUAAUAGCCCUACAUUCCUCAUUGUUCUAUUUUUGACCUUUAAGAUGAAUCAAGAAAAGAUGGCCAGAAUUCCUAUUGAAUGGUGGAGACUAGAAUUUUCUGAAUUCAAAAAUGAAGAUUGAAAAAAUGACCAACUUUUAAAAAUAUACUGUAACUAAUAUGCCUUAAUCAGAAUAAAUAACCAGUGUAUCUACUCUGUAGUGCCAGAAAGCCUAUACAAUUUCUAAAUUCUGGGCUGUCCAUAUUAUAGGAUAACCACUUUUUAGGUAUAUGUAUUUUUACAUCUCUGUCAGUUGCUUAUAAGGUAAAAUAUAAGAAGUAAAUGUCAUGUUCAUGUGUAGGGAGCCUAAAGUGGAGGAAUUUACAAGAACCUAUAAAUUGGAGCAAAAGAUACUUCACAAAGAUGUAUUUUUUUGACCUAAAACCUUUUGGUUCUAAUACUACAUCAUUAUACAUUAUAUAUGUGCUAGAAAAAAACAGCCUAACCAUCUUUGUUCUGGGUAUUAACAUUCAUCUCUUCAAAACUUGAAUUAAAAAAUUGGUUUUUUGAAACUGCAAA